CUGCUUGCUAUAUUUCUGAACGAAAAUCUUCUUGAUAUGUGUUGCUAAAUUCACGUUCUUUCGAUUUCCUCUCAAAAAAUUGACACAACAAAAUGUCUAAAAGAGGACGUGGUGGUUCCGCGGGAGCGAAGUUCCGCAUCUCGCUGGGUCUCCCUGUGGGAGCCGUAAUCAACUGCGCAGACAACACAGGAGCCAAGAACCUGUAUGUGAUCGCCGUGCAGGGUAUCAAGGGUCGCCUGAACAGGCUUCCCGCUGCCGGAUCUGGAGACAUGAUUGUCGCUACCGUUAAGAAGGGCAAACCUGAACUCAGGAAAAAGGUAAUGCCGGCAGUGGUGAUCAGACAGCGGAAACCAUUCAGAAGGCGGGACGGGGUGUUUAUAUACUUCGAGGACAACGCAGGCGUGAUAGUGAACAACAAGGGCGAGAUGAAGGGCUCGGCCAUCACCGGCCCUGUUGCCAAGGAGUGCGCUGAUCUGUGGCCCCGUAUCGCGUCUAACGCUAGCUCCAUAGCUUGAAUAUAUGGUUAAGAUUC